UAUCCUCAUCAUGUUACCAUCUCCUUACUAUUUAAAUUUGGCUCAACUCCCUUCGGGUGGUAACAUGUUGCCACGUUCCGAUUAUAUUGACACUUCACCAUUACCGGGCUUAUUAACGGAUAAUUCUCCGUCGGCUUCGCCCAGUCCAUAUUUCUAUGCAAAUAUACCAAAUAUUCAUCCUCUAAUGACAAUGCACAAUAAUAUGUGGUCGUAUCCUUGGUCAUUUCUGCAAAAUUCUCAUCGUCCCGAAAAGCCACCAUUUUCUUACAUUGCCUUGAUUGCCAUGGCCAUAAGCAGUGCACCGAAUCAGCGUUUGACUUUAAGUGGAAUAUAUAAAUUCAUAAUGGAAAAAUUCCCCUAUUAUCGUGAAAAUAAACAAGGUUGGCAAAAUUCCAUAAGACACAACCUCUCGUUAAAUGAUUGCUUUGUGAAAGUACCACGUGAUAAAAACACCAUCGAAGAUAAUGACACAGCAGGCAAAGGCAGCUACUGGAUGUUGGAUUCAUCAGCAAAUGAUAUGUUUGAGCAAGGAAACUAUAGACGCCGAAGAACUAGGCGACAAAGACAGUGCCUAAAAACGGGCACUUUAUUAGGAGAAUCUUUAAAGGUGUCUGAACAACAAGCUUCACUAAAUGAUCAGUCAAUGGGUGAAAUAUCCUCAAACAUGGAUACAAUGUUUAAUAUAAACUCAAACAAUAUGUGCCUUAACUAUAGCGAUCGUAUUACGGAAAUGCAUCGACAAUAUUUAGCGUCUAUCGCACCGUUCAAUAUACUUUUCGGCAAUACUUCUCUGGCAUCAGCAACAACAAAUCCUACUACUUCCCCCUCUUCACCAGCUUCCCAAUCUAAUGAAGAAGCGAACAAUGCAUCUCUGCUUUAUAAUCGAAAUACUCCUACAUUUGCUGCUCCACCAUCAUUAAAUGGUUCUUCUAACUCGUAUGCUGACAUAGAGUACUUGGAUUUUUCCGUUGAUACUCUUUCAAAUAGUAGUUGUUCCUCCAGUGAUCGCAUGCUAACACAGUCUCCAAGUGCCUUUACACCAACUUGUUCGACUACGAAAACUUCGAAUGGAAUUAAAGUGGAAAAAUCGUGUAGUCCGGAUUUAAGUACUACUACGGGAAACAAUAAAAGUCCAACGGCAUUUAGUAUUGAAAAUAUCAUUAGGAAAGACUGAGGAGGAAGCAAUAAAAUAACUUUAUAUUUUUUUAGUAUGUAUGUAA